AUGGAUAAGUCGUGCAAACUAAUUAGCUUUAAUUGCAAGUCAGUUACGAGAUGUGUCGAUUAUGUACGCAAAUUGUGCCAACGAGCGGAUAUACUUGCCCUGCAGGAAACCUGGCUUCUGCCGCACGAUUUGCAGUACUUAAACAAGAUUGACGAAGACUUUGGUUGCACUGGGACUUCCGCAGUAGACACCUCUGCCGGUAUUCUUAGAGGGAGGCCAUACGGCGGUGUUGCACUACUUUGGCGAAAAAAUGCCUUUGGUUCUGUGACAGUGUUACAUUGUGCGAGUGUGCGGCUGGCGGCAAUUCGAGUGAUUACGGGUGAUACUAGUUUCCUCGUAUUUUCGGUCUAUAUGCCUGUAGAUUGUGGUGAAAAUCUGCCUGAAUUUACGGAGUGUCUGGCCGAAAUAAAUGCUUUGUUGAGAGCUCUAAUGUCCGAGUGCUUUUAUUUUAGGGGACUUUAA